UCGUAGCUUCCACGUUUCAACUUUAACCUUUCCCCGCUGCCGCCUUCUUUCUCUUCCGGGGCAAGCUUUCGCUUGGCAUUGAAAAUGGUCCAACGUCUGACAUACCGGCGUAGGCUGUCCUACAAUACAGCCUCUAACAAGACCAGGCUGUCCAGGACACCUGGUAAUAGGAUUGUUUAUCUUUAUACUAAGAAAGUUGGCAAGGCCCCAAAGUCUGCAUGCGGUGUAUGCCCAGGAAGACUUCGUGGUGUCCGCGCUGUUCGUCCAAAAGUUCUUAUGAGACUUUCCAAAACAAAGAAACACGUUAGUAGAGCCUACGGAGGUUCUAUGUGUGCUAAAUGUGUUCGUGACAGAAUCAAGAGAGCAUUCCUUAUUGAGGAGCAGAAGAUUGUUGUUAAAGUACUGAAGGCACAAGCACAGAGUCAAAAAUCAAAGUGAUUUUUUGUAUUCUCAUCCAAUAAAUGAAGAUUUAAAUAA